AUGCUCGCGACACCAUGGGUGUGUCGUCGUUGCCUGGGAGGGCUCCUGAAGCCAAAAACCACCCAAUUCAUCCGCCGUGCUAGCUCCGACACAACCGCGACCCUCCCACCGGCCCUCCUCCAACGAGCCCGUAACCUCGCAACCGAACACGACACCCUUUCCGCGACCCUCGAAGAAGACUACGACUCCAAAACGGCCCGCCGCGUCGGCGAGCUCUCCGGCGUCGUCGCCGCCCUCCGAGAAUGGGAAAAGGCGCAGAGCUCCAUCGCCGAGCUCGACGGCCUCCUCUUCUCCAAGGAUAAAGAGCUCCGCGAAAUGGCCGCCGAGGAGCUCCAGGCCACAAACGGCCAGCUCAGCUCCCUCUCGCGCAAGCUGUCCGCCUCGCUGACGCCCAAGGACCCCUACGCACACAUGCCCUGCCUCCUCGAGGUGCGCCCGGGACCGGGCGGGCUCGAGGGCCGCUUCUUCGCCGACACGCUGUUCAAGAUGUACAAGGGCUACUGCGCGCGCAAAGGGCUGCGCGCGACGGUGAUCAAGUACGACAUGGCCGACGCCGCGGGCGACUCGUCCUCGGCGGCGGGCGAGAGCCCCCUGCAGGAGGCCGUCAUCGAGGUCCAGGACCCGGGGGCCUACGACCUCUUCCGGGGCGAGGCGGGCAUGCACCGCGUACAACGGAUCCCGGCGACGGAGAAGAACGGCCGCGUGCACACGAGCGCCGUGGCCGUGUGGGUCCUGCCGUCGUUCCAGGGGGAUGGCGGGGACUCGGAGGACAUCAACAACCCGGAGAGCGACUUCUUCAUCGACCCGUCUGAGGUCAAGAUUGAGACGAUGCGGGCGCGGGGCGCGGGCGGGCAGCACGUCAACAAGACCGAGUCGGCGAUCCGCAUGACGCACAUACCGACGGGCACGGUGGUCAGCAUGCAGGACUCGCGGUCGCAGUCGCGGAACCGGGACGACGCAUGGAAGCUGAUCCGGUCGCGCGUCGCGCUGCAGCGGCGCGAGGCCCGGGAGGAGGCGGCGGCGCAGCUGCGGAACUCUGUGCUGUCCAAGCACAAGAUUACCCGCGGGGACAAGAUCCGCACGUACAACUACAACCAGGACCGCGUGACGGAUCACCGGGCGGGUAUUGACGUGCAUAACCUCCCCGACGUCAUUGCCGGCGGGGAGGCGCUGGAUAAGAUUGUCGACGAGGUCAAGGAUUGGCUCGUGUCGGGUGAUAUCGAGGCCAUGAUGGCGGACGAGGAGGCUGCCAUGGCUGAAGCCAAGAAGGCGCAAAAGUGA